CGACAAUAAAUAGUCUCCCUUCAACCUUGUCUUCAGGUUAUUAUGAAAUGUUGAUCCAUGGCUCGUAGAGCCUAACGAUUAUGCUUCUUAGUUGACUAAGGAACUGGUGUUUCUUGGGAUGUUUCGCGAGAAAUAAUCCCUUCUUCUAUUAGUGGACACCUUUCAGGAACGCGUGCAAGGAGGAAGCGUCAUGAGUAACCCUAAACGGUCCGGUAAGCCAUCCACGGCCACAGGAUCGCCUGCUGAGCUUGCGGUCGUCUUUUCCUCCUUCGCCGUCGCCGGUCUUAUUGCUGCAGCGUUCGCUCCAAUCCAGGAUUGCGACGAAGUGUUCAACUACUGGGAGCCAACCCAUUUUCUAAACCAUGGCUAUGGUCUGCAGACCUGGGAGUACUCUCCGGAGUAUGGCAUUCGCAGUUGGGCAUACGCCGCACUGCACGCGGGCCUGAUCUCUCUAGGCCGGCAAGUACCCUUCAUGAACAGCAAGAUCUCCGAGUUCUACUUCGUCCGUAGCUUCCUGGCAUUCAUCUGUGCCACCUGUCAGACACGGCUGUACUUUGCGAUUUCGAAGAGUAUCAGUCAGCGAGUGGCGAUCAUCUUUGCCCUUAUCAUGGUGAUCAAUGCGGGGAUGUAUCAUGCCUCAAUCGCAUACCUGCCGUCCACCUUUGCGAUGUAUACUACCAUGUUAGGGUCUGCGGCAUUUAUGGACAAUCUUGACGGUGCAGGGACGGCGGAGGGGAUCUUUUGGUUCGGACUUGGAAGUCUUCUAGGCUGGCCAUUUGCGGCAGCCUUGGCGAUUCCGUUCCUUUUUGUCGAGAUCAUCCGUCUGAUAUCAUCAGACGAUAAAGGGAUGCGGUUCCUCCAUUUCGUGGAUGGCGGGGUGAGAUGUGUCGGUGUCCUUGUCUUGCAAGUCUUGGUCGACUCCGUGGCAUUCGACAAGCCGGCGUUGGUCCCGUGGAACAUCGUGGCAUACAAUGUGUUCGGCGGGGAUGAUCGCGGUCCAAACAUAUACGGAACAGAGCCCUGGCAUUUUUAUCUUCGAAACCUUGCCUUGAACUUCAAUGUCUGGUUGUUGCUGGCCUUGGUCAGCAAGUUUAUUGUACUUGCACAGGCAUGGAUAAUGCGCAAGCCGGUCCUCCCACUUUUCUCCGGCCCCACCCUCACGGUCAAUUUGGUGGCAGAUCUAUGGCUUUGCAUAUUCACUUGGCAACCUCACAAGGAAGAGCGCUUCCUGUAUCCUAUAUACCCUCUCCUGGCGUUGAACGCUGCGGUGACUUUCCACAUUCUGCUGGUUAUCUGCGGCUCCAGAAAUAGGAAGACGUUGGCCGGCAAAGUCCCUGCUUUCAUGAAACUCUUCGGGGUCGUAUCAUUCAUCGCAGUAUGCGUUGUGCUUGGCCUUGGCCGAGCCGCCGGAAUUUUCACGGCGUAUUCGGCUCCUCUGCAGGUAUACGCGCCGCUCGAGCACAUCGCGUCGGUUCAGCCAGAGGCCACUCUGUGCCUAGGCAAGGAGUGGUAUCGCUUUCCGUCAUCGUAUUUCCUGCCCGACGGUUACAGAGCCAAGUUCAUCAGGAGCUCAUUCGAUGGACUGCUGCCAGGGCAGUUUGAUGAAUGGAGGGACGUGCCUGGACUGCUUCGAGCGGUUUCAGCUAUCCCUCCGGGUAUGAAUGACCGGAAUAUAGUGGAUCCUAGUAAAUAUGUCCAAGUGGAACAAUGCGACUUCCUUGUGGAUUCGUAUUUCCCCGAGACCGAACCAUCGCCGCUAGAACCGAAUUAUAUGAAAGACACGGCAGCAUGGGAGAGUUUGAAGUGUGCGCCUUUCCUUGAUACAGGGAAGACGGGUGCGCUCGGUCGAAUGUUCUGGGUUCCGGACUGGUCCUUUGUUCCCCCUCAGUUCCAACGCAAGUGGGGCAAUUAUUGCCUCCUGCGGAAGCGUGACAUAUGGGUGCCCAGUUCUUUCAAGCGGCCUGCCGCAGCGCCCUAUCAGGAUUGGUCACUUGAGGAUACAAAGCCUCUCCCGUACCGACCGAUCCGACACCAAUACUUCGUCACAAUGGGCCUCCGAAGUAUGCAGUGGGACGAAUGGAUCGAACUCGACAACCACUAUAUGACGUACCAUGAUCGGAAAGCCGAGAGAAUGAAGGAACGGGGAGACAAGUGCUGCAGGACUGCACCGGAAGCGUUUGACGGUGCCGUCGAACUGGUCGAAGAAUUCUGCGACUAUUUGCCCCAGAGAUACCCGAACCUGUACAGGAAGACGGAGGUCGGCAUGGAUAACUUGGUGACGGGAGAGACGUUCAAUAUCGUUGAGCGACCACUGGCCGAGGACCCGAUGCAGAUGGCUGGCAGGAUGGUUCAAGACGAUCUUGCGAUCAUGAUGGAGCGACCCGACGGACAGUAUUACCUGGUUGCCGGCGCGAUCCUCUUGGCUGGGUUCUGGCGUCUUGAGGACAAGUUCGGGAUGCCGCUGUCGGAAAUUCAUACCUCAGGGGAGGUUCCGCAAUACAAAGAGAAGCUGGAGAAGGGGAUGAUGAACUUCUUUAAGCGACUCAGGCCGGAGACGCCCAUGCUGAGGAACAACUAUUUCAUCCAGGUCGACGACGACGUGGCAUUCAGUCAUACGCUUGGAUCGGAAAAUUCGUAUCCGUUUGAUCUGAGCUGGGCUUCGGCGCCCAAGAACCGACCAGUCGAUACUUAUCACUUCAGGAGCGAAAGACAAAGCCUUCGAAGGCUUCCGAGAAGUGGUGCUGUCGUUUUCACCAUUCGCACAUAUUUUCAUCCCAUUACGGAUAUUUGUAAGGAGAAGUAUGUCCCCGGCCGUCUCGCGUCCGGUAUUCGGAGCUGGGCACCGGACGUGUCCAAGUAUCGAGGGCGAGCCCAAUUCGAAGAGGUAUUGUUGCCGUAUCUCGAUGGGGAACAUCAGAAGCAGCUCGAUGACGGCCUUGACCUGGGCAAUGAAGACGAGCACCAUUCGUACCCGUACUGA